UGUAUGGAGGUAAUCACUAAAUUGGAGGACAAGCAUGAAAUAAUGACACUCACUGACUCUUCAUCUGACAGUAUACAGUUUCUAAUACCAACUAUACUGGAAGGAAGAACAAUCAAGCGACUUGUUGUACUCUCUGCAUUCUUAACACAUGAUGAUAUCCUCUCAUUUAUAUUUCAACUAUCAACCAACAAAUCUUUAACAAUGCUACAAAUAUCUAAUGAUUCAAUCAGUGAUGAUGGAGUCGUUGCAUUGGCACAAUCACUGCAAUAUAAUGAAACACUUGAAUAUUUACAACUUCAAUACAAUCGUGGCAUCACCUCAGCCUGUGCUCAGUCAAUUGCUAAACUUUUAAAUAGUAACAAGACACUUACCUACCUUAAUCUGUAUGAUACUAACAUUGAUAGUCAUGGAGCAGUGAUACUGUCAGAAUCACUUCAGACCAAUAAUACACUAAAUUUACUCUGGCUAGACAGACAACAUAAAGAUACUUGUUCUGCUUUACCUUAUUUUGAGCAAAUUAAAAACAGAUUAAAUUUUUGGUAGACAAUAGAA